AUGCCCUCCUGCCGGGACAACAUGAGAGCCUUGACACUGUCCCACUGUCCCAGUCCAACCCUGUCCCAGUCCAACCCUGUCCCAGUCCAACCCUGUCCCAGUCCAACCCUGUCACAGUCCAACCCUGUCCCAGUCCAACCCUGUCCCAGCCCAACCCUGUCCCAGUCCAACCCUGUCCCAGUCCAACCCUGUCCCAGCCCAACCCUGUCCCAGUCCAACCCUGUCCCAGUCCAACCCUGUCCCAGCCCAACCCUGUCCCAGUCCAACCCUGUCCCAGCCCAACCCUGUCCCAGUCCAACCCUGUCCCAGUCCAACCCUGUCCCAGCCCAACCCUGUCCCAGUCCAACCCUGUCCCAGCCCAACCCUGUCCCAGUCCAACCCUGUCCCAGCCCAACCCUGUCCCAGUCCAACCCUGUCCCAGCCCAACCCUGUCCCAGUCCAACCCUGUCCCAGCCCAACCCUGUCCCAGUCCAACCCUGUCCCAGUCCAACCCUGUCCCAGCCUAACCCUGUCCCAGUCCAACCCUGUCCCAGUCCAACCCUGUCCCAGCCCAACCCUGUCCCAGUCCAACCCUGUCCCAGUCCAACCCUGUCCCAGUCCAACCCUGUCCCAGCCCAACCCUGUCCCAGUCCAACCCUGUCCCAGUCCAACCCUGUCCCAGUCCAACCCUGUCCCAGCCCAACCCUGUCCCAGUGGUGGUGGUGA